AUGGCACUCUCGGUCUGCUCCGCCAAAUCGCUCCUGCUCCUACUACUCAUCUCAGCCAUUCCCGUGGCAUACAUCAUCUCUCUGGAGCGAACCAAACCUGCCACUCAUGUGUACCACUACCACAGCUCCGGCUACAUGCGCGAGUGCGCCAAGUGGGAUCAAUCCAACCGUCGAUUUCUCGUCUCCUUUAUGGGUGGAGGAAUCGGUCAGGUCUCUGUACCCGAAGAUUACUUGCCCGACACUGUUCUAGAUGAACUGACGGUUGUCAAAGAAGCUGACUUGUCCGGUAAUGCAUCACUGGGGAUCGCCGUGGACCAGCCUAGGAAUCGCCUCCUUGUGGUGGUUGCAGAUCUUUUGAGGAACAAGUAUAAUGGGCUGGCUGCUUAUGAUUUGUCCACAUGGAAACGUUUGUUUCUCACCCAACUCACUGGCCCAAGUGAUGAGAAAUCUUUCGCGGAUGAUGUAGCAGUUGACAUAGAAGGCAAUGCAUAUGUUACGGAUGCCAAAGCCAGUAAAAUUUGGAAGGUAGGAGUGGAGGGUGAGCUGCUAUCCAUCAUUAGAAGCCCUCUGUUUACUGCAAAAGAGUGGUACAAAAACUUGGUUGGCCUAAAUGGGAUUGUUUACCAUCCAGAUGGGUUUUUGAUUGUCAUUCAUACAUUUACUGGGAAUUUGUUUAAGAUUGAAAUUGCCAAAGGAGAGGAAAUUAAAUUAAUUAAAGUAGAUGGAGGACCCUUGUCAUUUGGAGAUGGUUUAGAGCUACUGUCUCCAACGAAGCUUGUAGUUGCAGGAAAUCCUUCAGCAAGAUUGGUGGAGAGCUCUGAUGGGUGGGAGACGGCAUCUGUGGUGGCGAAAUUUAGCGGGCCUGCUCAUCGUUUGGCCACAGCUGCAACUGUUAAAGACGGAAGGGUGUACCUCAAUCACAUGUUUGGGUUGGGAUAUCCCAAGAAGAAGCAUGUCCUAGUCGAAGCUGUUUUCUAAAA